AUGAGAUUUUCGGAAAGAUCACUAAUUGCGUGUGCAAUCUGCUCCAUUUCGAGUGCUUUCGUACCCAUCAUCCACACGCCCCAGCAUCAAUCGCCACGUACAACCCGUCAUCAAUUCACCAGGAUCUAUGCGGCGGUGUCCUCCGUACCAUCCAAUAGCAUUCCCGACGAAGCGGAUGUGGUUGUUAUUGGAUCGGGACUCGCAGGACUCUCCUGUGCCGCACUUUUAGCCCAUUGUGGCAAACGAGUGGUGGUGUUGGAAUCGCAUGAUGCGCCCGGUGGUGCCGCGCACGGCUGGGAACGCCGUGGGUUUCACUUUGAAUCCGGACCGUCUCUCUAUUCCGGAUUCGCCAUGGAACGUUCUCCAAAUCCUCUCAAAAAUAUCUUUCAAAUCACGGGAGAAGACUGCGAGUGGAUUACCUACGAUCGGUGGGGUACCGUAAUGCCGGAUGGGACCAAGUUUGCCGCCAAAAUUGGACCCGAAGAGUUUCAAGACGUAUUGGAGAGCCAAGGAGGACCGGGAGCACGCGAAGAAUUUGCGGCACUAAUGGAGCGCAUGAAGCCUCUGUCCGAUGCUGCUCAAGCCUUGACAUCGCUCGCUCUGCGGGAAGAUCCAGCCGUUGUCGUUACGCUUCUGAAGUAUCCCCGCGACCUUAUUGCAACUCUGGCACAAGGACAAGCACUGAACGAACCAUUCAAAAACAUCAUGGAUGAAAUGAAGAUCGAAAAUAAGUUUGUCAAAAACUGGCUAGAUAUGCUUUGCUUUCUCUUGCAAGGCUUGCCCGCUUCGGACACAAUGAAUGCGGUCAUGGCCUAUAUGCUCGCCGAUUGGUAUCGACCUGGUGUCACUCUGGACUUUCCCAAAGGCGGAUCCAGUUCUAUUGUCAGUGCUUUGGUUCGUGCCGUCCAAAAGAAUGGGUCUUCCGUUUGCGUCAACAGUCACGUGGAUGAGAUUCUGGUUGAAAAUGGUAAGACUGUUGGAGUCCGACUGACCGAUGGACGCAAGGUGCACGCCACACAAGCCGUUGUAUCCAAUGCAGAUCCGUACAUCAGCAACAAACUGCUCUUAAACGCAAGAAAGUCAGGUCAGCUCAAUAAAGCUGCGACCGAUCAUCUGGACGCUUUAAUAAACACCGACAAAACAGAGGGUGGUAUUGCCGAUUUGAAAUCUUUCAUCCACAUUCAUGCCGGCAUUGAUGCAGCUGGCCUCCCCGAUCAGCCCAGUGCCGACUUUCCUGCACAAUGGGCCGUUGUCCGUGACUGGGAUGCCCCUGAAGGAGUAGAGAGCCCGCGCAACAUCGUUUUGUGCUCCAUGCCUUCGCUUAUUGAUCCUAGUCUUGCCCCUGAAGGCAAGCACGUCUUACAUGCUUACGUUCCUGCCACGGAGCCAUACGCGGAUUGGGCCGGCAUGGACCGCAAGUCGGAAGAAUACACGAAAAAGAAGGAGCAAGCUGCGGAUUUUUUGUGGAGUGCCAUUGAAGAGUACAUUCCGAACGCUCGGGAUCGUGCUGUUCCUGGCACGGUACAGAUUGGAACACCCUUGACCCACGAACGAUUUUUACGACGGACAAGGGGUACCUACGGUCCGCGUGUGGAAGUCGGUGCUGGACAGACUCUGCCCGGUCACAAGACUCCGUUGCCAGGUUUCUACAUGGUAGGAGACUUCACAUUUCCAGGUAUUGGAGUACCCGCAACAGCAGCAUCCGGCGCCAUUGCGGCGAACACGCUAGUGUCGGUGUUUGAUCAUCUCGCAAUGCUCGAUAAGGUCCGUCUCCCGGAAAAGGAACAAAAGUCUUGA